UUGAAAACAUCAGAAUGAUAUAAAAAGUGGAUACAACGCGUUAGGUUAUAUAUGUACAAUACACAUUUCUUUGAUCACCAUUUCUCAUAUUAUUUGUUGCUUCCAAGCUUUGCCCACUUUCUUGUUACUCAUUUGAUUCCUUAAGAGAGGAGGGAAACACUUGUUUAUGAUUUUAAAUUUGGUGAAGACAGACGAAAGAAAGAUCAAAUAACCCACUAGGAGAUUCGAAAAUUAUUUCGUUGAUCCAGUUUUAAUCCAGAUACUGUUCAGCUUAAAAACUGGAGAUUAUCUCGGAUUCGACAAUAGAGAUGGUGGGUGAUGCUCAAAUCCAUUCAUUGUUGAAUGUGAGAAAUGAUGUGAAUCCAUCAAGGAACUUGUUUAGACAGAAAGAUGCACAUCCUUUGUCGGUUUUGUGCAUCGGAAAAUGGUUAAGCAGUCCCAAAGUAUCAUGUGAGGUCUCUAGUUCUCCAAGCAAAGUAGGAGAAAACUAUGAGACUGAAUCCGAAAAGAUUCAUAAAAAGGUAAUCCCAUUAUCAAGCAAAACGUCAUUCUUGUCAAACUAUACCGAGGGAAGCCUUCAGUUCACUAUGAGAGCCAAUGGAACGCCUCAUUUUGUUUUCAAAUUGGAGAAUCAGAAAGAUGUUUAUGUGGCAAGCUAUGUAGAAGACCAAAGUGUUUAUAUGAUCUACCUACAAAGAGGAGAAGCAUCAUCCUCACCACAUCUAGUUGGUAGAAUAAAAGUAUCGACCUUGUCUUCGGAGAGAGAGUUUGUUUUGUUUAGUAGCAAUGAUCAGAUACCGAGUAACGGGACAAACAGAGGAUUAACUAAAAAAGUAGUCAAGAAAACUAGAGGUAUCUCAAGAUUGAGCAGAACAAGUUUUAUACCUGAUUUGUGUUCUUGGGAUCAGCCAUUCGAAGAAGAACCGAGCUUUGAUGUUGGGCAGGUGAAUCUUUUGGAAAACAACCUUCCAACAAAUCUUGAAACAUUAGCUGUGGUUGUGAAACAAGAGACGGUUAGAGAAGAAAUUGGAGGCUGGGGAUUGAACUUCUUGAAGAAAUUGCAGCCGAUGGUUCAAUCAAAUGAUGCUACUGAGACUGAAACUUCAACAUCUGUCAGAAGUAUGGAUGUUGUGAUUCCUUUAGGGGUUCAUGGAGGACCUGAAGAUGAACCCUUGAGCUUGAUACAGAGAUGGAAAUCUAAAGGACACUGUGACUGUGGAGGAUGGGACUUGGGUUGUUCCUUGACCCAUCUUAAUGGUCAACCACGAAAAGACCAACUCGAGCUUCUCAUAGAGGGAACGAAGCAUGAAACCAUUGGGUUAAAGAUUGUGAAUGUUCACGAAGGACUUUACAUAGUUCAAUUCGAAGCAAAUCUAUCUAUCUUGCAAUCAUUUUCAAUUGCUUUGGCAUUCAUACAUUGCCAGAACCACCGACCAAAGCAUCUACAGUAAUAAUUUAGUUUAGCGUUUUCAUAUUUUCAAUAUGAUGUUAAUACCAGAAAAGGAGAAACUGAGGAAAAAUUGUCUAAAUAGCCAAACAUUUCAAAGUCAAUACAUAUUGUCAGGAAAUAAAAAUAUAUUGCUACCAAAAUUCUCAAAUUUGUAUUUAGACAGAUCAUCAAA